AUGAUAAAUAUAUCGAAACGUAUAUUCUCCCAAUUACAUUCACAGAGGAAAUAUUUGGAGCAAUUCUUAUCAAAUAAGUACUUAUACGGGAAGCUGGGACCAAAAAAUAACUCCGACGACUGCAUUAAAAAGGAGGGGGUAUCGAAUGCUGAGAAUCAAAUAGGAGUUUAUCUUAAAGCUGGGAACCAUGCUAAGGACAUUGUAAGGGCAUGGUGCCAUAUACAUGAAACUGAGAAGGGCGAAGAGUCCAAUGAUGAUCUGUGCUAUGCUUUUUACUAUUGGUUAGGGGGCGAAGUAUCGAAAAAUUUAAACACUCCUGGUUCAUUUCAAACGGUCAUGGGAGAAAUUUACAAUGAACUGCGGAAGUUAAAUCGCAGAAGUAAGUGUACAAGGAUAUGUCCUGAUAUUGACCAGAACGAAUUCGACAAGAGAAAAAUAAUAUACGAUUACUCUGAGGACUACUUACUUAUUUUGACAUAUUCACCUACGGGGAACGAACGUUGCUGUAAAGAAUAUUCCGAUUACCUGAAGAAAGUUGUUGAAACAUACCAAGACGUAUAUACGAGUUGUGGAAGUAAUGCUAGUAGUACGUGCUGCAAAAAAUUUGAAGCAGUUUUUGGGAAAUACGGUAAUGGGAAACCUUCAGAUUUAACAUGUAAUGAAGUAUCGUGCCCAGGAGAUGACUUCGAUUUAGGUGACGCCGUCGUCGACGGUGGAAAUGACGAUCCACCACCACCACCAAAACUCAAACCAAACCCCAAUCCAAAUCAAGCCGGCAGCAGCGGUUCUUUUUCGGAUGCCGAUUUAGUGGAUGGUGUUUCUGGUGGAGAAGGAAAGGGAGGGAGUGACGGUGGUGGUAGUCACAGAAAGGAAGGGGAACAAACUGAUAAUCCUGGUAUCGUUCCUGCUGCUGUGUCUGGUGCAUUAGCUGGAAUAGGACUGCCUGCCUUAGCAUACUUUUUUUACAAGUAUAAACCUUUCUUUUUGAGGAAGCAUGACCGUUCUGAAGGAAGAAGAAGGAAAAGGUCCCUUAGGAGAAAAUUUAAUGAGUUUGACGAUGACGACGACACAUUAACAACGGCAUAUUCGUCCGAAUAUUCAAUUCCAUACACUACAUCAUCAUCCACCAGAUGA